GACCUCUUCUUCCCCCAAUUCUGAAGCAAGCUCCUCCGACUUCGACGAUCGCUUCUCCGAGAGGGGAUAAACCGUAAUAGAUGGCGCCGGAGCCCGAGGAAGAGAUCAAGGAUGAGAAGAACCCUCGGCCUCUCGACGAGGACGACAUAGCUCUUCUCAAAACUUACGGGCUUGGACCUUAUUCGACCAGUAUAAAGAAAGCGGAGAAGGAGAUAAAGGAAAUGGCUAAGAAGGUCAAUGAUCUAUGCGGGAUUAAGGAGUCUGACACUGGCUUAGCUGCACCUAGCCAAUGGGAUCUUGUAUCUGAUAAGCAAAUGAUGCAGGAGGAGCAACCUCUGCAGGUGGCAAGGUGCACAAAGAUCAUCAAUCCAAAUACUGAAGAUGCAAAAUAUGUUAUAAAUGUGAAGCAGAUUGCUAAGUUUGUCGUGGGGCUGGGUGACAAAGUUUCCCCAACUGAUAUUGAAGAAGGAAUGCGUGUCGGAGUUGAUCGAAACAAGUACCAGAUUCAGAUUCCAUUGCCUCCAAAGAUUGAUCCAAGUGUAACCAUGAUGACUGUGGAGGAAAAACCAGAUGUUACAUACAAUGAUGUUGGUGGAUGUAAAGAACAGAUUGAGAAGAUGCGAGAGGUUGUUGAGUUGCCCAUGCUUCACCCUGAGAAGUUUGUGAAGCUUGGAAUUGACCCUCCUAAGGGUGUUCUGUGCUAUGGUCCACCUGGCACUGGUAAGACACUUCUAGCAAGAGCUGUGGCAAACAGAACUGAUGCAUGUUUCAUCCGUGUUAUUGGAAGUGAGCUUGUUCAGAAAUAUGUUGGUGAGGGAGCUCGCAUGGUUCGGGAACUAUUUCAGAUGGCACGCUCCAAAAAGGCUUGUAUCGUAUUUUUUGAUGAAGUAGAUGCCAUAGGAGGUGCACGUUUUGACGAUGGCGUGGGUGGAGACAAUGAGGUUCAGCGCACGAUGCUUGAAAUUGUGAAUCAGCUUGAUGGAUUUGAUGCACGAGGAAACAUCAAAGUUCUGAUGGCAACAAAUAGGCCUGACACACUGGACCCAGCACUUUUACGUCCCGGAAGGUUAGAUCGCAAAGUUGAGUUUGGCCUACCAGACUUGGAGAGUAGGACACAGAUAUUUAAGAUCCAUACACGAACAAUGAACUGUGAAAGGGAUAUUCGAUUUGAACUUUUGGCUCGCCUCUGCCCAAAUUCUACUGGAGCUGACAUAAGGAGUGUGUGUACGGAGGCUGGAAUGUAUGCCAUUCGAGCACGCAGAAAGACAGUGACAGAGAAGGACUUCCUUGAUGCUGUGAAUAAAGUCAUCAAGGGAUACCAAAAGUUCAGUGCCACGCCCAAGUACAUGGUCUACAAUUGAUUGAGCUCUUCUGCUGAUCUUUUAUUCCUGAAAGAGAAACCUGGUUGGGAUUGCCGAUGCAACACAGGGACUAUGCAGAUGAUCUGCAGAUUGAAAUGAAUGGUUUUGACCUUUUCAAGGGUCAUAAAUGAUGGGAAAACCCCAAACUCGUCAUCAAGUUGCCAGCUGAAACUGUUUUGUUGUGUUGCUUCUUUUAUAUACAUUAUGAUAACCAGCUAGAUAUCUGCAAGCUGUGGUUUUUUGGCUGUCUAUUUAUUGUUUUUGUGGCAAUCCUUAUGUUCAUCACGCUGACUGAAUUUGUUUUACUUGGUUCUGGAAUUGGCCAGUUACCCCCAAUCUCAGACAGAUUGGUGGUUUAAGUUUGA